GGACCCCCUUUGUUUCGCGUCCCAGACGCCGACACCUCUGCGUCCCAACUCCCCCACCCCCCAACCAAGGGCUUGACCGUGCCCCAAUCUCCGCGCCUCUCCACGGGGCCAGAGCCGAGGACACCCCUCCCUCCCUCCCCUCACCCCCUCCGGCCAGCCGAUCCCCGUCUUUCUCGGAGAUGUCUCGCUCCUUCUAUGUGGACUCUCUUAUCGUCAAGGACUCGCCCAGACCCUCACCCACACUGCCCGAACCUCACCCGGGGCCGGAUUUCUUCAUCCCUCUGGGUAUGCCGUCUCCGUUGGUGAUGUCCGUGUCGGGGCCGGGCUGCCCGUCUCGCAAAAACGGGGCUCUCUGCGUGUGUCCCCUGUGCGUCACUUCGCACCUGCACUCCUCCCGCCCGCCGGCCGGCGCCGGUGGCGGGGGCGCGGGCACGGCGCUCGCGGGCCACGGCGGGACGGCUGCGGGCACCGGGGCCCUGCCCCUGCUCAAGAGUCACUUCGCGCCCGGUCCUGGAGACGCGCCGUUCUGCCCGCGGGUGAGCCACGCGCACCACCACCACCACCACCAGCCACAGCCUCACCACCACCACCACCAUCACCAACUCCAGCAGCCCGGUUCGGCUGCAGCGGCCGCGGCGGCGGCGGCCCUGGGACAUCCGCAGCACUACGCACCUGUGUGCGCCGCCGCCGCCGCCACCUACAACGUGGCGGACCCGCGGAGAUUCCACUGCCUCGCCAUGGGGGGUUCCGACGCCAGCCAGGUACCCAGCGGCAAGAGGGUGAGAACUGCGUUCACCAGCACGCAGCUGCUGGAGCUGGAGCGGGAAUUCUCCUCCAACAUGUACCUGUCCAGACUCCGGAGGAUCGAAAUCGCCACCUACCUGAACCUGUCCGAGAAGCAGGUGAAAAUCUGGUUCCAGAAUCGCCGCGUGAAGCACAAGAAGGAGGGGAAAGGCGCGCCGAGGAGCAGCCACGCGGGCUGCAAGUGCGUCGGCGGCCAGGCGCACUACGCGCGCUCGGAAGACGAGGACUCCCUGUCGCCCGCCUCCGCGAACGAGGAAAAUCGGGAGGUCUCCCCGUUAUAA